UCUUGACCAUUUCUUAAACCCUCUCCAAUGGAACAACCACUGACUCCAAACUCCACCCCCCAAAAACCCAGCAAACCCACAGACCCAAAUUCCGUCAAGAGAAAGCUGCCUACCCCACAAGAGCUCAUCUCCCACUAUGAAUCCAAAGGGCUUGACACCCAGGAAGCCUCCCUCAAGGUGAUAGGGGACCUCCAGACUGCCCUCUUCAGGGUCAUAUCCUCUGGAAGAGGCAGAAAGGACAAGCUUUUGGCCGAGACUUCUAGAAAGGCUGACAGCACCAACAACAGUCUUGCCAUUCUUAACAUGAAGCUUGACUCCAAGCCUGGCUAUGGUGGAUCAUUUGCUAUUGGGGUUGUUUCUGGGCUCAGCGUGCAGGGCAUUGGGAGUGUUCUGCCUCAUGUUUUAAAGGGUUUUGGGGAUAUUUGGAAUUCUGUCAGAAGUGUCAACAAGGAACAUCCUUGAUUGAGUUUCGGUUUGUGUGCUUAUUUGUUUUCAGUUUAGGAUGUUGGGCUUAUUGGAAUAGUUCAUGGUUGAAUAUGUAAGGAAAUUGUUUGGUAAAUGCAGUUUAUUGAUAAGAAA